UUAUCGACCUGGUCACACUGCGGUUUCAGCUAAAUCGCUGGGCGUUUUCACAAUUUUAGGGAAAAACAAAACAGGAUAGCACCCCCCCAAGGAUACGAUGCUCGUUCUGGUACUCGGGGAUCUGCACAUCCCGCAUCGCUGCAGCAGCCUGCCGUACAAGUUCAAGAAGCUGCUGGUGCCGGGACGGAUACACCACAUACUGGCCACCGGCAACAUCUGCACAAAAGAAUCCUACGACUAUCUAAAGUCGCUGGCCAACGAUGUGCACAUAGUGCGCGGAGACUUUGACGAGAAUCUCAGCUAUCCGGAGCAAAAGGUGGUGACGGUGGGUCAAUUCCGCAUCGGCCUGUGCCAUGGCCAUCAGGUGGUGCCGCGCGGAGAUCCUGAAGCCCUGGCGCUGAUUCAACGUCAGUUGGAUGUGGACAUACUGAUAACGGGGCACACGUACAAGUUCGAGGCGUACGAGCACGGCAAUAAGUUCUACAUCAAUCCGGGCUCGGCAACGGGCGCCUUCAAUCCGCUGGACAUGAAUGUGGUGCCCUCAUUUGUGCUGAUGGACAUCCAGAGCACGACGGUGGUGACCUAUGUGUACCAGCUGAUUGGCGAUGAGGUCAAAGUGGAGCGAAUCGAGUACAAGAAGAUAUAGGCUCCAAGUAUUACCAGCCAUUCCUAUCCCCUACCCACAUCUUGAUCAGAUUCAGGCUUUAAUACAUGAAUUGUAAUUGUAAAUGUAGAAAUAAAACGCUUUAUCUUCUCCUUUUUUA